AUGGAAGUGCCUUUCAACCUCGACCUCCUGCGCAAACACCUUGCGCGGGUCAAGCUCGCGCGGCAGAUCUUGCCUGAGGAUAUUAGUACGCGACAGAAGGUGCUCGAAGACUCCGCGAUAGACGUUGCGCGUGAGCGUCUUGCGCGGCAGGCGGAGAUGCUCGCGGAAUUGGGCAUCAAGGACAUGGCGCUGACACGGCAUGGACUGCAGGCGUGGAUGUGGGAGUGGCACCAGAAGCUCCAGGAGCGGCUGCAGACAGAGAUCAACGCGCUCAUUGAGCACGAGCGCGAGAAGAUGUCGGACAAGCGCUCGAACGAGAAGCAGUGGCUGGGCCCGUUUCUGCAGCUGCUCAAGCCAGAGAAGCUCUCGCUGAUCACAAUCCUGGAGCUCAUGCGGAUGAGCGGGACGGGUGGCGUCACUGACGGGAUGAAGACCGCCCGGGCGCUGCUGACCGUCGGCGGCGCGGUGGAGAACGAGUACCACGCAGAGACAAGGAAGAAGAAUAACAUCUCGGUGCCGCAGCAUACACUACGUCCUGGGCAGGUAGCGUUCUUCACAGGCCAGGGGUACCAGGAUCUGUAUGCGCGUCGGGUGGCGGCGAGGAAGUAUAUGGAGGAUAUGGAGGAAUGGACGGCGGAGUGGCCCGCAAUGCUGAGGGUGCGGGUGGGAAGCUUCUUGGUGGAUAACUUGAUCGACGUCGCUACUGUGACACGGACGGCGUCAGACAAAGCCACUGGACAGGAAGUUUCGGAAGAGCAGCCUGCGUUCUUCCAUUCCUAUGAAUACGUGCAUGGGCACAAGUUGGGUGUUAUCAAGCUGAACUCUGUGGUCGCCGAGCGACUUGCCGGAGAUGACAUCAGGGAUACGGUUCCACCACGCAGUUUGCCCAUGCUUGUGAAGCCCAAGCCUUGGUUGGAUUACAAUGACGGGGGUUACUUCCACAUCAAGUCCAAAGCCAUGCGCUUCAAGGAGUCCCAGGAGCAGGAAAUCCACCUCCGGGAAGCGGCUAAGCAAGGGAAGAUCGAGCUGAUUUUCGCGGCCCUGGACGUGCUGGGAUCGACUCCCUGGGUAGUCAACAGGCCCGUGUUCGAUGUCGUGCUCAAGGUAUGGAACUCUGGUGAGAGGUUCGGGAAGAUCCCUGCCGCUACCUAUGAUCAACCCGAGCCCGAGAAACCCUCGGAUUGGGAGACGAACCCUAAGGCAAGGAAUGUGUACCUGACUCGCGUCCGAGGGUAUCACCAGGCGAAGGCCAACAAUCAUUCGGAGCGGUGCAGUGUGAACUACAGGAUCGAGAUCGCGCGCACCUUCCUUGGAGAUACGUUCUACUUCCCUCACAACAUCGACUUCCGCGGUCGCGCGUACCCUAUGCCUCCUCACCUGAGUCACAUCGGCGACGACUUGAGUCGUGGGCUGCUCAAGUUCGGCGAAGCGAAGCCUCUUGGUGCGCGCGGGCUGCGAUGGCUCAAGAUUCACUUAGCGAACUUGUACGGUUAUGACAAGGGCAACUUCGACGAUCGUGCAAUAUUUACAGAGCAACACCUGGACGACAUUUACGACUCCGCUGAGAGACCGCUAGAGGGCCGUAGGUGGUGGACAAAGGCUGACGACCCGUGGCAGUGUCUGGCGGCCUGUAUGGAGUUGCGCGCCGCCCUUGAAUCCGGAGACCCGCUAGCCUUCGAAUCAUCUCUGCCAGUGCACCAGGACGGGACUUGCAACGGUCUGCAACAUUAUGCUGCUCUCGGAGGUGACGAGAAGGGUGCGAAACAAGUCAACUUGGAUGUCACGGAUCGGCCUUCCGAUGUGUACACCUACGUCGCGGACAUGGUGGAGAAAUCGCUCCAGGAGGAAAAGGACACUGAGAAGUACGCUGCCCUGCUCGCUGGCAAGGUAUCUCGGAAGGUCGUAAAGCAAACAGUCAUGACCACUGUGUACGGCGUCACUUUCGUUGGCGCCAGAGAGCAGAUCGAGAAGCAGCUGAAGGACAAGGGUGAAUUGCCUGAGGAAGAAUGCUGGCCGGCUUCUGCAUACCUCGCGAAGAAAGUCCUCAGUGCUAUCGGAGAUCUGUUUUCAGGCGCGAAGGACAUCCAGGUCUGGCUCAAUAUGGUCGCUCGCCUCAUUACGAAGUCCAUCCCACCCAACCGCAUCGAAGACGCCUCGAAGGACCUGAUUACGAAGAGCGGGCAGAAGAAGCAGGGUAACCGGGUCAAGAAAGAGCAGAUGUCCAGCAUGAUCUGGACGUCGCCGAUGAAUCUGCCUAUCGUCCAGCCGUACAGGAAGACGAAGAGGAAGCAGAUCAUGACUUCUCUGCAGUCCGUCUAUAUCUCCGACCCCAACUCCCCGUCGGAGGUGAACUCGAUGAAGCAGGCCUCGGCGUUCCCUCCCAACUUCAUCCACAGUCUGGAUGCGUCCCACAUGAUGAAGACGGCCUUGCGGUGCAGAGACGAAGACAUCACGUUCGCGUCGGUUCAUGACUCGUAUUGGACACAUGCGUGCGAUAUUGAUCGCAUGUCUGCCCUCAUCCGAGAGACUUUCGUUGAACUUCACACCGGUGAGGUACUGAAGAAGCUCCGUGCAGAGCUUAUGGUCCGUUAUCAAGGGUUCAAAAUUCCGCUGCUCUCCCUCAGGGGUACUAGCGUCACUAAGAAACUCAAGCAAAUGGGUGUCAAAAUACCGGAGAUCCUGGAAUUGUCAGAGAAGGCCAUCGCGGCAGAGGCUGCUGAAGCCCGCGAGGAGGAUGAAGACGCGGUCGAAGAUGUCGACGAUGUCGAAGCGUCGGAGUCGAACGGUCCUCAAAACUUGGAAGAAGCCCUCGAAGUUGCGCAUGUGAAGCGGCGCAACCGCGUGACCCCCUACUCGAAGGUCUACAUCGAUGUUACCGACCUCAUCCCUCCAGUCCCGGAGAAAGGCUCUUUCGACGUCAACACGAUCAAGAAGUCCCUCUACUUCUUCUCAUAG